CCAUCCAAUUUAUUAUUAUUUUCUUAAAAUCCUUGUUUAGAGAACUAGAGAAACACGGCAGAGAGAAUGCGACAGAAAUCAAAUUAGGACAAAUAGAAGCAGAAAGCAAAAAGGAAUAGGAAGAGAGAUUCGUUAGCAAAAGAAAGAGACAGCAUGAGUAUAAAAUCCGCGAUGAUGUUGAUAAAGACACAGCACAACGCGCUUGAUCGCCUUAAACUGCGCCGUUUUCAUUUUCUUUCUUCUUCUUCUGUUGACAAUCCUAAUUCUUCUCGUUCUCUUUUAAUUCAAUCAUUCACGUUCAAUUCACCUGUUGUUGAAUCUCUCCAAAUUUCAUUCUAAGAAUUUUCAUCCUUUUUUUUUCCAGAUAAUCCCAAAUCCAGGGUGCUCCGUUGUUUUUUUUUUAAUUAAUCAGCUUUCAGCAUUGCAUUGGAUUGAUGUGCAAUGCAGAGAUCACGUAGAGCUCUUCUUCAAAGAAGAGCUUUUGAGAAGGCUAUCGGUGGAAGAACUCAGUUAUUCAAGGUUUCGCUUUCUUUGUUUCUUGUUUUAUGGGGGAUUUUCUUCCUUUUCAGUUUAUGGAUCAGUCAUGGGGAUGGUUAUAGGGAUGAAUCUGCAGUACCUGCAGCUGGCAUAUCAACUUGCAGUGAAGCAAAUUUGGGACUUUGUAUACUUUCUGAGUCCCUGGAAACAACAUUUUUAAAUAAAAUUUGUUCUGUCUAUUCAGAUGAAAGUUUGUGUACAGAUACAGCUGAAACCAGGGGUUCAAAUGAUGAGUUACUUGGCAGUGAAGGUAACACAAAUUAUGCCUUUGUUAUGGAGCAACCUGAGGCAAACUCUGUUUCAGAUGUGAAAUUUGAAAAUAGUGGUCCUAAGAUUGACAGGCUAUCUCAUUCUGUGCCAUUGGGUCUUGACGAAUUCAAAAGCAGAGCAUUCAGCUCUAAAAGUAAAUCAGGAACUGCUCAAGCUGGAGGUGUAAUUCAUAGAGUGGAGCCUGGGGGUCAGGAGUACAAUUAUGCUUCAGCAUCGAAGGGAGCGAAGGUAUUGGAUUUUAAUAAGGAAGCAAAGGGAGCCUCUAAUGUCUUAGGCAAAGACAAGGACAAGUACCUUCGAAAUCCAUGCUCUGCUGAAGAGAAAUUUGUUGUAAUAGAACUUUCAGAAGAAACCUUAGUAGACACAAUUAAAAUUGCAAAUUUUGAGCACUACUCUUCUAAUUUAAAAGAUUUUGUGCUGCUUGGCAGUUUGGUUUAUCCGACAGACUCAUGGGUCCAGCUUGGGAAUUUUACAGCUGCUAAUGUUAAGCUUUCACAAAUGUUUGUUCUUCAGGAGCCACAGUGGGUGAGAUAUCUAAAGCUGAGUCUUCUUAGCCAUUAUGGUACAGAGUUUUAUUGUACUCUUAGUGUUGUUGAAGUGUACGGAGUUGAUGCUGUUGAGCGAAUGCUGGAAGAUUUGAUCUCUGUUGAAAACAAGAUUAUAUAUGAUGAGGGAACUGGUGAGCCAAAACCUUUACCAUCUCUAUCAGAGUCUUCUCGUGUUGAUGAUUUUGAUCAAGAACUGAGGAUGGGAAUUGAAUCUGGCACUUCAGUUGAAAACUCAAACAUGAAGCAUGAAGUAACGAAAAAUAAAUUGCCAGAUCGCGUGGAAGAAAUUCAUCACCAACAAGUAGGCAGAAUGCCAGGGGACACUGUUCUUAAAAUAUUGAUGCAGAAAGUUCAUUCUCUGGACUUAAGUUUAUCUGUUUUGGAACGAUAUUUGGAGGAGGUGAAUUACAGAUAUGGCAAUAUUUUUAAAGAAUUUGACAAAGAUUUGGGAGAGAAAGACACACUUUUAGAGAAAAUCAUAUCUGACAUAAAGAAUCUCCUUGACAGCCAGGAGGUCAUAGCUAAAGAGGUUGACAAUCUUCUUUCUUGGAAAUCCCUUGUUUCUACACAGAUGGAUUAUCUCCUCAGGGAUAAUCUUGCGCUCAGGUUAAUGGUUGAAAGGGUUCGAGAUAAUCAAAUAUCUAUGGAAAAUAAGGGUAUCACGGUGUUUUUCAUUUGCUUAUUUUUUGGAUUUUUAGCUUUUGCAAAGCUAUUGGUAGAUAUAUUGCUGAGUAUUUAUAAGGCAUCUAGUGUUCAAAGAACAGAGAAGUCCGGGGAAUUUUGUUGGAUGAGCUCUUCCUGGCUCUUGUUACUAUUCAGCUGUAGUAUUAUUUUGUUAAUAUUGUCGUUAUGAUUUUGUGACAUCUACUUGUCUAGGCAUCUCUUUCUCCAACCAGAAAAAGGAAAAGAGGGUGGUUGGGUGGGUGGUGAGAGGUUUUAUUCGAGAAGGAUACCUGCUUGUAAGGUCUUUGUCGGCUGGAUUUGUGAAUAUGAAGAGUAUUAGAAAGGGAGAUAUGGAUGUGUUAUUUAUGUCUUCUGUUAUUUAGAUUAUGGAACUGCUUUCUGGUUUA